AGCUGCGAAGUCGACCACAAAAAAUUAUACGCUAGUUAGCAAUAAAAUGGAAUUUAUUUAUAAUUUAUUGUUUUUUUGGUCGCGCUAAAAUCUCGAAAUUGUAACUAUAACUGUGCAUUUAAUAUUUAAUUUAAUAUAAGAAAAAUAAAAUCAAAGAAAUAAAUAUUUUAUCUUGAGUGAACUUUAAUUAUGCGAUCAAAUUUUUGUAUACUCUAUGGAUAUUAGAAGACAGUAGUUUAAAAAUACUGCAAAAACAAAUAUAUAUAUGUAGAUAUUAUAUUUUAAGCUAAAAAUACUUAAUGGUCGACAAACCCUAAAAUCAGAAUAUUUUUACAAGUGUAAUCUCAGUUUUGUUCGAAUUUGGUAACAUUUAUUUUUUAAUUAUAUUGAAAAAAAGAUUUUCAGUGGUUUUUAAUCGAAUAUAUGACAGCUGCAGCAUCCAUCAUUUUUAAGAAAAACACUGCCAGCAAAUGAAAGUGAAUUUUUAUUGAAUUCUCAGGAUAAAAGCCAAAUAAAUAUAAAAUACUUAAAUAAAAAUUAAUUUAGAAACAUUAUUUAACAUUUGUGAUAUUAUUUAUGAAGAUAACAAAUUUAACGUAGUAAUAAACGCAAUAAAAUGCUACCACAAUACAACAGAUUAGGUGGUCCAAUAACAACAAGACGUUCUUUUCAUUCAAGAGAAAAAUGUCUGAUUGCGCUGGUAUUAGCGACAUUAGUUAUAGUAUGUUUUGGUGGGUUCUUCCUUUUACCAGAUAAUUUUGGUGGUGAACGGGUUCUUAAAGUUUAUAAGCAAAUACAAAAAGCGGGGCCAGAAAUAUUUAUUCCAGCACCACCAUUGGCUGGUCAUAGUAUAAGUGGAAAAGAAGAUCCUCAUGUUGUUGGGGACAGACAAAAAUUACAAGAAAAAAUUCGACAAGAAUUAGAUGAUAUCCUUGAUCGUCCAGAUUUAGCUGCUGGAGACAGAAAUAAGAUAGCUUUAAUGAAUAAUAAAUUUGAUAGUAAUGACGGAGGUGAAAAAAUUGCAAAUCAAGAAGAACAAGUUCCAGUACCAGGACCACCUGAAGAGAAAACUAUUGAUGAAACAAAUAAAAAUAAUGCAGCAGAAGCAAAUGAUAAGCCUGAAAUAAUGAAAUAUAAUGUUGACGGACACGAAGAUCCAGAUCCAAGCAUCCGGAUCAAACGAAAUAAAGUCAAAGAGAUGAUGAAGCACGCUUGGGAUAAUUAUAAGUUGUAUGCAUGGGGUAAAAAUGAACUAAGACCAUUAAGUCAAAGAGCACAUUCAGGUAGUAUAUUUGGUUCACAUGAAUUAGGUGCAACAAUAAUUGACGGCCUAGAUACUCUUUUCAUUAUGGGAAUGAAUAAUGAAUACGAAGAAGGUAAAGAUUGGAUUGCAAGAAAAUUCUCUCUGGAUAAUAUUACUGCAGAAUUAUCUAUAUUUGAAACUAAUAUAAGAUUUAUUGGUGGAUUAUUAACUCUUUAUGCUUUUACUGGGGAUCAAAUGUAUAAAGAAAAAGCACAACAUGUAGCUGAUAAAUUAUUACCAGCUUUUCAAACUCCAACUGGAAUACCAUAUGCAUUGGUAAAUACAAAAACAGGAAUUAGUAAAAAUUAUGGUUGGGCUAGUGGUGGAAGUAGUAUACUCUCUGAAUUUGGAACAUUACAUUUGGAAUUCUCAUAUUUAAGUGAUAUAACUGGAAAUCCGUUAUAUAAAGAACGGGUACAAAAUAUUCGGCAAGUCCUAAAAGAAAUUGAAAAGCCGAAAGGAUUAUAUCCAAAUUAUUUAAAUCCUAAAACUGGUAAAUGGGGACAACAACACAUGUCUUUGGGUGCAUUAGGAGAUAGUUUUUAUGAAUAUUUGCUUAAAGCUUGGAUACAAUCUGGGCAAACAGAUGAAGAAGCAAGACAGAUGUAUGAUGAUGCAAUGAAAGCUAUUGUAGAAAAAAUGGUUCGAACAAGUAACUCCGGCUUAAUAUAUGUUUCUGAUUUAAAAUUUGAUAGAUUGGAACAUAAAAUGGAUCAUUUGGCUUGUUUUGCAGGUGGUCUUUUUGCUAUGGGUGCAAAUUCAAGACAAAAUGAUAAUACAGAAAAAUUUUGGGAAGUUGGCAAAGGUUUAACAAAUACUUGUCAUGAAAGUUAUGAUAGAACGCCUACAAAACUUGGGCCGGAAGCAUUUAGAUUUACAGAUGCAAUAGAAGCUAGAGCGCUUAAAGCACAAGAAAAGUAUUAUAUUCUGCGACCGGAAACAUACGAAAGUUACUUUAUAUUAUGGCGUUUAACCCAUGAUCAAAAAUAUAGAGAUUGGGGAUGGGAAGCUAUUCAAGCAUUGGAAAAACAUUGUAGAACUCCUCACGGUUACUGUGGUUUGAAAAAUGUUUAUAUGGAGGAUCCUCAAAAGGACGAUGUACAGCAAAGUUUCUUUUUAGCUGAAUCUCUAAAAUACUUAUAUCUUCUUUUUUCUGAUGAUUCAUUAUUGUCUUUAGACGAAUGGGUUUUCAAUACAGAAGCACAUCCGUUACCUAUCAAAGGAGCAAACAUAUUAUAUAGACAAGCUUCAACACCAUCAACAGCGCCCUAAGGAAUUUUAAAUACAUUUCAUCAUCUCAUUCAAUCUAAAUAUUUUAACUGGUUUUUAUUUUUCUUUUCUUCUAUAAUUCUUGCAUAUUUAAUUAUUGUACACCCAGGAGAUAAUUACAAUUAAGAAUUUGAUAUUUUAUAUUAAAAAAAAAAAGUACAUAGAUUAAAUAAAUAAUUUUCUGAUUGCAAGUCAAUAUUUUUAAUAUAAAUUUACAUUCUUACCAUUCUAUUGAUGAAACAGCAAUCUAUUAUUAAAUAAUAGUAAAAUCCAAUCGAAUAUUAUUUUUGUUUAUAGUUUUUCGUUUGUAACUUAAAAUAAUUAAGAAAACUUUAAAAAAUGGGUGAUUUAUACUUGGUUUCUUUUUAAAAGUUUUUAGCAGUUUGAUAAUAUAAAUUAAAAUUAAAUAAUGGUUAUUAAUACAUGCAUUAUACACUUUUAUAUUUUAACUUAAGAGAGAAAGAAUUUUUCAUCUAUAAUAUUUUGGUAAUUUCAGAAAAGAAAAUUUCAAAAGAACAAAUUUUAUUAUAAAUGUAAUUGGCAAAUUAUAUGUUAAUAUCAAUAUGCUUGACGACAUAUACUGACGACAUUUUUUUAUAUAUUUGAUAUCAAUAAUAAUAUUAUGGUAAACUUGUAAUUCCAAUAUAGUUCAAUGUUUAAAUUAAUUUGGUACGGUCAGUCGAAUCUUUUUUUAAGUGUAAAUAUAAAAAAUUGUAUAAUGUUUGUAGUGUGUAUUAAAGCAUGAAUUCUUUUUGUUUCCACAAAACGACUAAAUAAAUUUUUCUAAAUUAUAAAAUUAUUUAAAAAAAAAUAUCUAUUUUAUUGUAAUUUAAAUGUUUUAAAUUUAUAUUUAUAUAUUUUAAUUUGAAACUAAAAACAAAUUUAUAUCACACGAUGCAUAACGGCAGUAAAUUGCAAAUUAUAUUCAUAUAAUAUUAAAAAAAUUACUUAGAUUUCUGCGAACUAUAAUUAGUUAACUACAAUCGUAGAUUAGAUUAAACAGUUAAUUGAUUUUACAUAAAAAUUUAAAUCAAAUGAAAAAAUUUAAGUUACGCAUUUUAAGCUUUUCAAAAGUUUUUUAGCCUAAGAUUAGUGUUAUUCCUGUCA